AUGUUGAAAUUUUGGAUCUUCGUUGUGUUGGCCGUCCACUCGGCAACGGGCGCGAUACGCCCCUCGACCACCAAAGACAGCCAGGAGCGUUGCGGUUCGGUACUCUGCCAACGAGUUAAUGAAAUUUUUACCCAAGCCAAGUUGUCACAUGGCUAUAAUUAUAUUACCACCAUUCCCACGGGGGCCAUGAAUUUGACCAUAAAGCAAAUGGCGAAAAGUAAUAACCUAAUAGCUUUAAAAACCAAAGAUGACAAAUACAUUGUAAAUGGCCAUAAUCGUGCCUCGGAGGGUGGCUUUUUCGAAUACAAUGAUGAUAUUUUCGAUUAUAAUAAGGAGGCCAGCGUGAUAAGGGCCAAGGGUCCAUUGAAUAAUCCCAUUGUGCUGAUGCUUCUGGUGAGUGAACUAAAUACUGGGGUACAAUAUUCCUAUGCCUUGCCGGUACCAUCGGCCUCCAUCUCCGAACCGGAGGAAUUGCAAAGUCAAUGGAAUGAAUUGGGCCAGCCAUUGGAUGAGAUAGACGAAUCUCCAGCCAGGGAUAAUUUAGUAGCCAAACCCAAGGAGAAACGUCGGCGUAAAUAUGCCUGGGAAUUGCUGGGCUUUGGACCCUGUAGCCGGACCUGUGGCCCUGGCAAACAAUCGCCAAUUUUUCGAUGCACUCGAGAAUCGGAAAGUAAGGAGCUGGUGAAGAGGUAUUACUCGCCUAAGAGAUGUGCAAAUAUCGAAAAGGAAACCUUCCUGCCCACCAUUUAUCUAUGCAGUCAUGGCCUGUGUCCGGCCUAUUGGAAGAAGGGUGAAUUUGGAGAAUGUGACUGUUCGAAUGGUACGGCGGAGGGUUUUAAGUUGCGGGAGGUUCUUUGUUAUCAGGAAAAUAUUAAUGCGACGCAUGUCCCGGUCGAUGAGGUGAAAUGUAAGGACCCUAAGCCGGGCACCCGGGAGAAAUGUCACUGCAAAAAGCCGAAAAUCUAUACCAGGAAUGUGGAAAAGACCAGCCAGAUAUAUAAUCGAUUUAUUGGCAAACGCCACACCCCUGGCAGUAGCUCCAAUACCUCUACCACCCUCAAGCGUUAUAAUCGUGAAGAGAAAUCCGGCGUUUGGCUAAUGUCCGAAUGGAAUCAACAAUGUUCGAAGGACUGCAUGUAUCCGCAUGAACAUCGUACCACAUAUUGUGAUCGUACUGCACCCUAUGUUGAUCCUUGUGAUCCGGUAUUGAAGCCAGAAAAUCGUCGAACCUGUGCAAAACGUCCACAAUCGUGUAGGCGUGCGGUAUGGUUUGCAUCGGAUUGGAGUAAAUGUUCGGGUGAUUGUUUAAAUCGACGACGAACGAGAAUGGUUUUGUGUGUCAUGGAUGGAUAUGUGGUGGAUAAGAAGCAGUGCGACCCGAAAACGAAACCGGUAGAGAUGACUUUGUGUGCCACGAAAGAUUCGGCUUUUUGUGGACCGAAGUGGCACUACUCGGAGUGGUCAGAGUGCUCCCGCACCUGUGGCGAAGGUGUCCAGCGCCGCUAUGCCAAAUGCCUGGAAUUCGAUUACAAGCUAAAAGAAAUGACCGAAUCGAAUAAAUGUAAAUUCCUCGAACGUGAACCCGUCUACGGCACCUGUAAUCUGGGCAAUUGUGAAGGUAAAGAAAUGUCUACCAUUAAAGUCGGCCAUUUAUGGCGGUAUCUAAUAAUGCUUGUGAUUUUCUUCUUGAUUUCGGCUGCUGCUGCAGGCCGUGUCGUCGAAGAUGACGACGACAACAAUGCCCUACAAGUCUAUACAAGGAGGGGUGCCGUGAUUGGUGGUGGAAUCGGAACGGAAUAUGAUGAUGAAGAGGAUGAUGAUUACGAUGAUGCGGAAGGUAGUAUUAAUGGUGUUGGUGGUGCUGGAGCUGGAACUGUUUUGGCUGCUGUUGCUGCUGCUGAACCCAUCAGCGUGGAAGAAAGUUACCAAGAUCUAUCAAGUGGCAAUGAGAAAUUAGUGAUCGCUUCGGCGCCAAAAGUAUUGCAAAAUUGUCGUGAGGAAUUGAAUAAUUGUAAGCGAAUCAAUCGUGAACGUUUAUGUAAAGUUGAUUAUUAUAAGAAAAAUUGUUGUCUGACGUGCCAUGGAUUUUAUUGA